AUGAGUCCGCGAUCAAACGCGUGUUCCACCUGCCGUUCGCGCAAGGUCAAGUGCGAUAGAAGCCUACCAAAAUGCUCGGCCUGCAGGCGACUAAAUCUGGACUGUGUCCAACAAGGCGCUGUUCAAGGACUAAUCUGGCUUGACCCUGGGGUGCCUAACAAGACUACUUCACGGAAAUGUAGUACAGAGUCGCCGGAGAGAGAAAUGGGUCUUCGUAGGAAACCAAUCUUCUCGGAUCGUGAGCGUAUUGCAGAGUGUUCAAGGAUGACAAGACAAAUCCCCGAGCAUCAGGUUGAAGGCCUUCUCUUGCAACUGGAUACUCAAGCCGAAACUAUGGAUUACGACGCACCACUAAACCACGGACCUUUUGGAGUCUUUUCUGUGAAUAGGCCUAAAUCACCGUCACUAACGCCUUCAUCUUCACCUGUACCUGAGCCUGAAGCUCUGCCAAUUAUCAACUCACUACCGGAGGACGACUGGUACGGCAUUGACUUUAUGAACAUUGAGCAACCUUCGCAUGACUUCCAGCCUGUCAUGACGAAAAGUCCUCUUCCUCUCUCAUGGGCUACUUCAUCACCCGUUUUCAACUUUGGCCAAGGCAUGGAUGAAAGCUUUAGCAUGAAUUACGAUGCAGUCGAGGAUAACUCCAGUAUUACGGACCUGGCCAGGUUCUUCCCUCUCAGUCCGCGCUUACCUACACCUGUCACAUUAACCUUCUCGCAAGAUGUCGCAGGAAUGGCACCUGGAGUAAUGCGCACAUUGCUGGAUCACUAUCAGACGUCUAUGAUGUCCUGCUUUACACCAUUGCAUCAUGAGAAGCCCCCGUGGAAGAUUCUUCAUCUGCCUUGCGCAAUCAGCGCUUACGGAGAAUUGUCGCUUCUCGGAGACUCGAACAAUGCCAAGAUGACAUUGCUCUUUGCAGUCCUUGCUAUGAGCGCUUUCAACUUGAAGCAUCUACAAACCGAUUCGGUGGAGGCAGACAGUUGGCAAUCAAUUGCAGAGUCGUACCGCGAGAAGGCAAAGGCACGGCUGAAGCUUUGUCUGCGUGAGCAGAGCGAGGAGAAGAAAAAGUCAAAGUACAAGGAGGUCUUGAUGGCCCUGACCAGCAUGGUUACAGUCUGCGUGGUCAGUGGACAGAUGCAAGAAGCAAGAUGCUAUCUUCUGGACGCCGAACGAUUCAUCUACAUGCAAAGCCUGAAGAAACCCAAACAAUCGCGAAAAGUCAACAUGCUGCACAGCAUCUAUCUCUACUUACGGAUCAUCGAGGAGAGCACUUUUACCCCGGUGGAAGAGACACGGCCUUACUUAGUGGACCAGUCAUACGCCAUGACUAACGAGAAGCCAAGCGCAAUUUGCCGGUAUCCUUCGUUGUGGACUGAUCGUGUGAAGAUGGGCUCAGAUCUUGAUUAUCAAGACAUGGCGGAUUUGGAAACGCGGUUGGUGAAGUUUCCGGCCGACCAAGACGAACCAACUAUGUUCGAGCAAAUCUACGGCAUUCCUGAAUCACUCUUCCGCUUGAUUUCGCACGCCACUCAUCUGGCUGAUGAAGUCCGUCGGAGCCGUUCCACAUAUCCUGGCGGUAUGUCUCAGGACCUUGCGCAAAGAGCCAAGAUGAUCGAAAGCAAAAUUUGCGACUGGAAGAAUCCGUACAAGCUACUGGCUGAGAAGCAAACCCUGAUUGUGUACGGGCCAGCAGAACGAUCUGACAAGAUUGAGGUGCGAACCGACCUCCUCUACAACUUUCUGGAAGCGAUGCACAGCGCCUUGAUCAUUUACUUUUACCGACGAGUAAGGGAUACGAAUGCGACUACCUUGCAAUUCUACGUUGGCAAGACCAUUCAUCACCUCCUGGAGCACGAGAAGAAGAAGAACAAGUACGGCGAUACUUCUGCCUACGUUGCUUGGCCUGGUUUCAUUGCGGCUUGCGAAGCCUUGGACCCCGUCCAUCGCGAGCAGAUUUCUGCAUUCAUGUACAGAGCUGGUCAGCAGUCUGGUGUGGGCAGUUUGUUCGUGGCGGCCGAUGUAGCCACCAAGGUUUGGGCUGCAAGAGAUGACACUGGCUCUUUGGAUGUGUCGUGGAGUGACAUCUUGGCUACUAGCAAGAACGGCUUGAUUGUUACAUGA